AUGGCUGCGAGCGACGUACCAGAAAACCUGCCGCCGCAGCAUGAAUCGACAGAAGACACCGUCAUACAAGAUCUACCGCCUCAAGAUGGGAGUUCGGAUGGUGAGGGAGGCGAACGAACCGCGCGGGAGAAAUUGAAGAAAACAUCUAUCGCAGGACUAUCACAAUAUUCUAAGGUAAGGCCUGGAAUGGUUGGAGACCAGCCUUUGGGUGAUGCUACCGGAGUCGAGUCACAAAGCGAAAACGGACAAGUACGAGGCCGACCUUCUAAGAAACGAUCGUUUGAAGACCUGCAAAACGAAGAGUCUGGCCUCAGUGUCGAGAACGGAGGACCCCCUCUGCCAAAGAAGGCAAGCCAGCACAAGAGAAUGAGGUCCCGAGAAAUUUCUGGGAACGAUGAGGAGAUUCAGACCUUCGACAAAGAGGAGAUGGCGAGUCCGGUCCAGGAAGAGAGUGACUCCGAGGCACAACAGUCUCCAGGCGGGCCUGGGAUCCUAGUUUCGGCGCCCUCGAAGGAAGAGAUGGAAACAGCUGCCAGUGCACAGGCCUCGCAAGAUCCAACGGCAGAAGAUAGACCACCUAAUGUUGCUCCUAGCACGGAGAAGCAGGUAGAGGCUUCAGAGACUCUCACCAAAAGCGAUGCGCCCGCCGAACAAGCAGCCAAACCGCAGGUCGCGGCAUCAUCAGGCUUCGCCAACACGUCAACAGCAUCUCCAUUCAGUAGCUUCAAAUCUCCCAAAUCACCGGAGAAAGGCUCAGAAUCGGUUUCAUCUCCUGGGACGUCGAGCUCCGCCUUCGCUUCCUCCGGUUUAUCAGCAUUCGCUACAUCCGAAAAGUCACCUUUCGGAGCUGUAGGCGCGACCGCGAAACCUAGUGGUGGAUUUGGUGGGGGCGGGGGAACGAGCGGUUUCGCGUCGACUUCUGGCGGAUUCGGGGGCGCAUCACCGUUCGCAAGCAAGCCAAUGUCAGGCUUCGGUUCAGGGGGUGGAUUUGGCUCUGCUGGAGGAUUUGGAGGUGGGAGCGGGUUUGGGAGUGGUGUAAAGCCACUGGGCACGGGCAUCUCCCCGUUUGCCAAUCCCGCAGGAGCAGCGAGUACGUUUGGAAAACCUAAGCCGUUCGGAGCCAAAUCAAAUGAAGACGAGGAAGAAAGCGAUGAAGGAGGCGAGAAUGACGAAGCACAACCGGCUGGGGAAGAAGUCGAGCAAGACCCGAGAUUCCGGGAGCAAGAGCUCAACACGGGAGAAGAGGAUGAGAAAACCAUCUUCAGCUGUCGGGCGAAGCUAUACCACUUCGACAGGGAGUGGAAAGAGAGCGGGCUGGGGGAUUUCAAGAUCAACAUGCGCUUCGAAGCAAGAUCAGCUGUGCAAACCCCUGCCCCGGACGGCAAGAAUGCAGGAGACAACGGCAGCAAAGCCGAAGACGGUUCCGGAGAAACAAAUGAAGACGACGUUGAAGCAGCCCUUGAAGGAGGCGAAGCUGAGUCGUCUAUGACUCUCGAACGUAGAGGACGAAUCAUCAUGCGCGCCAUGGGUACCCAUCGUCUACUACUCAACACGCCGGUAUUUAAGGAGAUGAAUGUCGGCACGCACGACGGCAAAGAACCGAGCGGAAAGACCAUGCAUCUCACUGGUCUGGAGGGAGGCAAGCCGACGGGAUUCCAGAUAAAGGUUGGCAAAGAAGAAAUCCUGAAGGAAAUCUACUACAAGAUCCGGGAAUUGCAGGAAGAGCUGUGA